CUUGAGAUACUGAGUCUUGUCAGUGCUUUUAAGCAAUGCCUUACAAACUUGGCUCACUAUUUAAAGAGGCUUUGAGGAAACAUCAUAGCUUCCUCGACGCUGAUGCAGAGGCAGUUCUUGCUUCUACAGCUUCCUCACUGUGGCGAAUCUGCUGUCGCGCUGGCUGGGUUUCUAAGUAAGCGUGUGGAAUCGGCUGAGUGAUAUGCGACGUGAAAGGUACUAGAGCUGCUACGGUCAUGGCGGCUUCCGCCCCCAAGGCUGGGGGUUCAGCUCCUGAGGCAAUGGGUUCCGCCGAAGCUCCGUUGCAGUACAGUCUUCUUCUUCAGCACCUGGUGGGCGACAAGCGUCAGCCUCGGCUUCUGGAGCCUGGCAGCCUGGGCGGAAUCCCGAGUCCUGUCAAGAGCGAGGAGCAGAAGAUGAUCGAGAGGGCAAUGGAAAGUUGCGCCUUCAAGGCUGUGCUGGCUUGUGUAGGAGGGUUUGUCUUGGGAGGCGCGUUUGGCAUCUUUACUGCUGGCAUUGAUACCAACGUAGGCUUUGACCCCAAGGACCCUUACCGGACACCAACUGCAAAAGAAGUCCUGAAAGACAUGGGACAGAGAGGAAUGUCCUAUGCCAAAAAUUUUGCCAUUGUGGGCGCCAUGUUUUCCUGUACUGAGUGUCUAGUAGAAUCUUACCGGGGAAAGUCGGACUGGAAGAACAGCGUCAUCAGCGGCUGCAUCACUGGCGGAGCCAUCGGCUUCAGAGCUGGAGUCAAGGCCGGGGCCAUAGGUUGUGGAGGUUUUGCUGCUUUCUCUGCUGCAAUUGAUUAUUACCUACGGUGAAAGAAACAGCCUGCAAGGGAGGAGAGCGGCCACCUUCAGAACUGUUCUUCGGUGCAGUUUCCACACACUUGCCAUUGCUCCAGGGGUGAAGCCACUUCUUUCCUCUGCAGUUGGAAAUGUGAAGGACCCACCUCGCUGCUCUCUCUCCAGCCACUGGAGCAUCCAUACUUUUCUACUUCUGAAUUCAGGCUUUUCAGGAAGAUGGUAUGGCAGAUGUCUCUUUGAGGUAAACAGAUGAGGAGGCAGUGUGUGCACUAUUAAAGCAGUAAGCUUGAACCAGGCUCAGUUCCGACCUUGCUCAGCCCUCCAGCUGUGAACAGGGAGGUGGCAGUGUUUGCCCAUUGCCAGGAAGCUCUUCUUCCUUCAAACUGUGCAAACAUCCACUGUGAGCUCCAGGGCAGGGCAAAGUAAACUUACGCCCGUUGAGGCAACUAUGUCAUUUCAGUUAGUAUCUUUGUUGUCCUUGUUAAACCUAUGUAUAUGGGGGCUGUGAGACGGCUCAGUGGUUAACAGCACUGGUUGCUAUACCAGAGGUCCCAGGUUGCUUCCCAGCACCUACAUUGUGGCUUACAACCAUCUGUAACUCUAGUUCCAGAGAUCUAAAGUCCUCUUCUGACCUUUGAGGGCACCAAACACCUGAGUGGAACACAAGACAUAUACACAUAAGCAAAAAUACCCAAUUUUUUUUUUUUUUUA